UAAACAUUGCAAUUGCAAAAGGCAAAUAGCAAAUAUUUGAAUAAUAUUCCAUACACACCAAUUUAUUUAUACAAGUGUAUAAUAUGGUCGAAGUGAAUAAUCUUGAUACACUACCGUGAGAAUGAUGUAAUAGACAAAAAUAACAAUACUUAAUUUUAACGUUGGCAACUCUGAUUCUAUAAUACGACCUACCGGCUACCGCCUACCAGUUCCUCCGUAGACAAUAAAGAAUUUUAUACUUCCACUUCCACAUCUACUAUCAUAAUCAGCGAAUACUGAAAGGAAAUUAUCCGACUAAAAACUGUGUAGCACAGAACGAACAAACAGGCACGAUUGAACGAUAAACCGGUAAACUAAUAGGAUAAUAUUUCAUCAUAAUAAUAAGUUUUAACAUGAAUUCUUCUUGUUAUUAAGUUACAACAUUUAUUUUUACUUUUUUAAUAGGUAUCAAUUAUCAGACUGCUACGGACUGCUGUUCAUUUUGCAUUUUCUUCCUGUGAGGAUUGCAUUUUAUUACCUAAUUGUUAAAAGUAAAUUGGUAAAUUUUAAACAACAAUGGCUUCAAAAAAUCAAUUCAUUACAUUCAAUAAUGGCCAGAAAUGCCCAAUCUUAGGACUUGGCACUUGGAAGGUAAAAGCAUUAUUAUUCAAUAAAAUGGCUUAUAUAAAUAGGUACAUCUAAACAAUUGUUUAUCUCUAUUGACAUACCUAUUUAUAAUUGUUUAUAUAAUUUAAAAACUAUAUCAUUUGCAAACAUGCACCAUAGUACCUCCUCUUGUAUUUCUUUCAUAACUUAAUCUAUUACAACAGAAAACGGAUAAGGGCUUAAAGCCAAACCCCAAUCCAUUAAGUAGAGUUUAUAGAAUUAGAAUUUACAAUUAUAAAAUAAUAUUAUUCGUUCCUUUGUUAUAUUCUAUUAUAUAUAUAUAUAUAUGUAUGUAAAUAUAUAGAUUAUGCAUCAAAAUUAAUUAUAAUUAUCUAUUGAUAUUUAUAGUCAAAACCUGGUGAAGUCGAAGAAGCAGUCUCAGUCGCUAUAGAUGUUGGUUAUAGACAUAUCGACUGUGCCAUGGUUUAUUCAAAUGAAAAAGAAGUUGGAAAAGCUAUCAAGCAAAAACUUGAUGAAGGUGUUGUUAAACGUGAAGAUUUAUUCAUAACUAGUAAAGUAAGAAUUCGUACACAUUUAUAUAAAUUAAUAAGACCUUAAUAAUAUUAAUAAUACCUUUUAAUAUUUUUAGCUAUGGAAUACUUUCCAUCAACCUGAUUAUGUUGAAACUGUCCUUAAAAAAACUUUAUCCGAUUUGCAAAUUGAUUAUUUGGAUUUAUAUUUAAUUCACUGGCCCAUGGCCUAUAAAGUAUGUUAAAAAUUGAAAUAUAUAUAUUUUUUCAAAAUAUCUAGUAAAAUAUUUAAUUUCUUAAUUCUGUAUUUCUGAUAUUAGGAAGGUAAAUUAGAUGAUGAAUUGUUUCCGAAAGACCCUGAAAAAGGAAACAAUUUAAUAUUCGAAGGAAGUGGUUCUUAUACAGAAACAUGGAAAGCAAUGGAGAAACUGGUCGAAAAAGGUCUGAUUAAAUCAAUUGGCAUAUCAAACUUCAGCAAAAAACAAACAGAAGAUAUAUUGAAUGUGGCUACAGUGAAGCCAGUUACCAAUCAAGUACAAAUUCAUUAUUAACUGUCAUUAGUUAGAACAUAUCAUUAGCUAAAAUUAAAUGAGUAUGCGUUGUAUUUGUUUAUAUUUAGGUUGAGUGUCAUCCAUAUCUGAAUCAAAAAAAAUUAAUUGAGUUUUCCAAACAACAUAAUAUUGUAUUAACUGCUUAUAGUCCUUUGGGAUCACCUGACAGACCUUGGGCUAAACCUGAAGAUCCAUCUAUUUUGGAUGACCCAAAAAUUGUAGCUAUUGCAAAAAAAUAUAAUAAAACUGCUGCUCAAGUUUUGAUUAGAUAUCAAAUACAAAGGGGAAAUAUAGUCAUUCCAAAAUCUGUUACUAAAAGUCGUAUUGAAUCAAACUUUGAUAUAUGGGACUUAACAUUGGAACAAGGAGAUAUAGAAGAUAUUGAUUCAUUUGAUUGUAAUGGUCGUGUUCUUCAUUUAAACGAGUAUGUUGUAUUUAAUGUUAAUUUUAAAAAUAACUAUUUAAUUUUAAAAUGUUUUAUUAUGUCCUAUGUUUUGUUUUCAGGAACAGUCAUUUCAAGGACUAUCCAUUCCAUGAUGAAUAUUAAUUCAAAAUAUUUAAAACCAUGCAUAUCGUAUUCGUUUUCUUUUCCAGUUAAUUGUGGUUUCAUACAUUUAUAAUAUUCAUAUUAUUAUUCAAUAAAACUUAAAAAAAUAUAACUUGAUUUUAAAAAUAUAUUUUUCCUUAUGUUUUUUGGAUGGAAUAUUCUGCUGACAUCAUAAUUUAAAUUAUCAUACUUAUGAUUUA